UCCUGGGAAAAAAAACCGCCACGCACCGGGGUAGACCCAGGGGAGCUAAACGAACGCACCCAAUGUAAGAUUGAUAAUAUCAUCUCGAAUCUGCUGGUACUAACAUAAACGUUUAGUAAAUGGCGUUAUGUAAAUAUAGGCCUAUACACUGAUAUUUAUACAAACAUUCACGAAGUUCGUUGGGUGAGUGAUGAUUAAUUUCGAGGUGUCAUUUCUGCUGGUUGGAGUGAUUGUACAAUUGAUGGUGUAACUUGUCGAAAAGUUUCCCCAAAUCUGAAUGACCAUGCUUUAUUUGGUCUUUUCAAUUCCACAUGCAACUGUCUCGUAUUGAUGACAAAAUAAUCGUUGUUUUGUCUUUCUUGAACAGUGUAUUUUUCAUGACGAGUCGUUCAGUCUUUGAAAAAGAUAUGUACAGAGUUAGUUCAUGUUGUACAAUUUGCAGAUUGUUGCCCAUUUUAAAUAGUUUUCCGUUUUGCUUGAGUGGAUGUGAAUCAUACGGGUAUCUGUUUGAUGUCAGUUCACAUUUGUUCAUGUCAUGUUAUAGAAAAUAAACCCAAGUCAGAUAUAUCAUGAUCUGGAGCAAUAAACUAGAUACAUGUAUAGCAACUUCCUGAAGCAGUCAGACAUGCUGGUACGUGAUACCAUGGAGCGAUGUUCCUUUUAUAGCUCCAUGGUGAUACCACGGUAGAAAUGUGUGGAUACUGGUAGUAUAGUGGUUCGUGUUAAAUAUUCAUCACCCCAUUCACACGGCGAGUGGGUUUAAUGCCGAUGUUUCCUAGGCGUAACGCGACAUCUCAUUUCAAAAGGUUGCUCACUGCAUCGGCUGAGAUUAUCUGAGCAAAGUCAAUAUGGCUACUCUCUCGUCUUUGUCGAGCAAAAUGGCUCUCUUUGCCAUAGCGAUGUUUUGUUUUCCCUAUUCUACGGAGGCAUCUAAUAUUUUGUUCAUUUCUGGAGUGGGCGGCCCGGGCAGUCAUUUCUACACGGGCUCGAUCAUUGCCGAGACGCUGGUCAAACGGGGCCAUAGUGUGACUUUCCUAAUCAGUGAUGUAUUCGGCCACCGGACAAACAGCAGCUUAGCCGACAUCUUCACGUUCGAGACGUUUUCUUCAACGGUUUCCAUAAGUGAUAUGCAGAAAAGUUUGGCGGCGUACGGAUCGUCGAGUGUAAAAGGCGAGCUGACCGGCACGUGGGGCUGGUUGAAAUUAUGGCUGUUAAACACGGCAGUCACGGCUGGCGCCAAAGCAUUGAGUGUUAAUUCAUACUUCGCAGGUGAAUGCAAUGCCACCCUAUCCGAUGAUGCCUUGAUGGGUAGACUGCGAAAUGCCCACUUCGACAUCAUUGUAGGGGACGUCGUGUACCCAUGUUACAUACUCAUAGCCCAGAAACUGAAUUUGAGAUACGUAAAUGUCAUGAAUGGGAUAAUCAUGCCGAUGGCGCACGGAAGACUUGCGGGCUUACCAAGCAAUCCUGCGUUCAUACCCGAAAUAGCCACGCAGUACACGGAUAAAAUGAACAUUUACGAACGAUUCGUAAAUGUCAUUGCGUAUGGAGUAAGUUCCCUGCUGUAUGACCACACCAUCUUGGCACCGUUUGAGAGUCUGAAGAGGUUGCAUGGGAUCCGACCUGAGACGAGUGUUUUCAGAUCGUUUGGACUGGCUGAGAUCUGGUUGAUGAACUCGGACUUCUCGGUUGAUUUCCCAAGAUCUCUAACACCGAAUGUUAUACUUGUCGGCGGGCUCACGACGUCACCAGGGGAACCUUUAGAUCCGGAGCUUGAAGACUUCAUGAAUGGAUCCGGUGAGCAUGGUGUUGUGGUUUUCACAGUUAGCUCAUACUUCAGCGCCAUAAACGCCACCAAGUGUGCAUCACUGGCCGCUACCUUUGCGCGUUUACCCCAGAGGGUGGUGUGGAAGUUCGAGGGAGAACCACCAGCUAAUGUGGCCAACAACACCAAGCUGGUUAAAUGGCUACCGCAAAACGACUUACUGGCUCAUCCCAAAACUAGGGCACUGAUCACCCAUGCUGGGCUGAAUGGUGUCUUUGAGGCCAUCUACCAUGGCGUGCCGAUCGUCGCUCUGCCGAUGGUUGGGGAUCAAUUUGACAUACUGGUGAGGAUCGAGGCGAGGAAGUUGGGGAAAGGGGUUGACAUAACUACCAUCACAGAGGAUAUCUUUCAUGAGGCCAUUGUUGAGGUGUUGGAGGAUAAACGGUAUAAAGCAAACGCUGAGAAGUGGUCACGCAUCUUCAAAGACCAACCAUCAACCCCGAGAGACAGAGCUGCUGAUUGGGUAGAGGUCAGCAUCAAAUAUGGCGGUGCCCAUCUCAGACCCAAAUCACUGGAUUUGAACUUUUUCCAGCUGAAUUCCAUUGAUGUCAUUGCUUUCCUUUGUAGUGCUUUGUUGGUAUUGGUUUGCGUGGUAUUUUUUGUCAUGAGGGCGAUGUGUCGUUUUAUGUGCUGUAGAAAUAAAACUGGAAAACUAAAGAGUGAGUAGACUGCACGCUCUCAGACGUCUCAACUUGAAAAAGAAUGUCAUUCAGUUAGUGCAACUAUUUACUUUUUACUUGAGACCCAACCGGCUCAUUUCCCAACCGGCUCUUUUCAGAGCCAGCACUCCCUCAAAAGAGAUUCAAUACAAAAGUCAUGGAUGUACCCGCAAGUUAACUAUUAUGUACAGUUUAUUCUUGUUUACAUUUGUAGAAAGAUAGUCUUUAAGCAAAUAAAGGGUUGUUUUGUUUAGCUUCAAUGUUGAAGCUCUGGAUUAAAGCUGCUGGACCUUGUGUUGUUUUUGUUGUUGUUUUUUUUGCCCAAGUUAGGCACAAACUGCUGGACCAUGUGAUGACCUUGUGAUUUUUUCAAUUUUUUGACCCAAAUUUGAUAAUUUUUUGGC